UCUCGUCCAGCAUGGCCGCGCUGUAUGAGGGAUACACGUUGUGCGGACUUGCUCCAGCUCAAAAUCUGUCUAAUUCAGGCGUUCAGGGCAUCGAAGCGGAAAGAGACGGCGACCAUGUCGUCGUCACCGACUCAACCAGAUCUGUCACGCUGUACAAGGUUUCAGACCAGAAGCCACUGAGCAGCUGGACGGUGAAACAAGGACAGACUCUGACCUGUCCAGCAGUCUACAAUGCACAGACAAAGGAAUAUGUUGCAGUCUCGGAUGGCAAGGUGAUCAGAAUUUGGAAGGAAGAAGACAUACUCUUGGAUAAGGCUUUCAAGGCAACCGUGUCCUCAGAUGUCUGGAGGGUCCACUGUGAAGCAGGAGGGGAGCCUGUGGUCUUGUUUCAGAGAGGAUCUGUGAGGCUGCUGGACUCUCUCCUCUCUGCUCCCCAGCAGCCUAUAGAGGAGGUCCUGGCUCAAGAAGAGACUAUAAGGUGGAGCACCAACAUAGUGACAGAGUCACAGCACUUUGUCAUCUUCACAACUGAACAGAAAGGAGAUCAUUUCCUCUACCUGCAGAGACUGAAUCCCAACUCCCUACAGAGGUACAGGCUGGAGAAAGAGGAGCCUGGUCUUUCGCCGCUCAGCUUCUCUGCCUCCUACAGCGACAAACACAUCCGCCUGCUUUAUCUCUACCCUAACGGUCAUGUGUACCAAAGUGUCGUGUCUGUGCGGGGCCUGAUGGUGGACGAGGGGGCCCAGGGUCUCUCGCUGCCCCGCAGCCUGCUGCUGGGUCUCCCUGUCGGCGAGGGCCUGCUGGAGGCUGCAUCAGCUCAGGUGCUGGAUGAAGCCCAUGUAGCUGUUGUGGGGGUUCCACAUCCCUCUGCCGGAGCUGGUAAAGACUUCCUCUGCAUCUGGAAUACCAAUUUCCAGACGCUCCAGGCAGGGAAAGAGAUGGCGGGUAAAAUCUACGGACAGCUGUGGAGUUAUUCAAACAAGUUGUUCAUCCCACACGGGAAAACGCUCUCUGUUAUUCCAUAUGAGUGCCCCAAAUCUAACCUGGCCUCUGCUCUGGGAAAACUAAGGCAGGUCAAGACUGAAGAGUCCAAAGCUCCCACUUCUGUACCGUCUUGGAAUAACAUUCUGCAUGAAGAGAAAGCUCAUCCCUCCCGGACAGUGGAGACCAGGAAGACGAAAACAACCCGUAAGAGCCAGGCAGCACCUACUUUCACAAAUGAGCAAGUUCUGGAGCUCAUCAAGACGGCAUCAGUAGAAGAGGUCCAGAAAGAGGUGGAAGUGCUCCUCUCAAGGACAGACAUCCAGGACCUGCAGCCCUCAGUGGGACAGCUAGCAUCAACUCUUGUGUCCCGGAGUCUUGAAGAUCCAGCCUUCUACACCCCCAGCAGCCUGGCACAGCUGGUGCACACUCGCUGCCUCUGCCACAGUGUGUGUCCUGACCUUGUGCUUCUGGCCCUGGAGAGGAAGGACUACUUUCUGUGUCAGCUCUGCCUGCAGUUCUUCCCUGACAUCCCCGAGGCUAUCACCUGUGCCUGCCUGAAGGCCUUUAUCAGUAUGCCAGACGUCGAUGCAGAGAAAGUGAGCCUGGAGCCUGACAGUGUCUCCUUCAUGGAAACUCUAAUGGCCAGAGAGCGUGGGCCGGCUGCUUUGCAGAAUGGUUUCAGCCCACCUUGGUUGACAUGGAGCAUUCAGACAGCGUCAGUGGAGGUGGCACCAGAGCGGAAGACAAAGAAAAGACCUCGACUUCAACAGCAAAUCUGUCCAGUGGGGUUACACAAAGCUGUUCUACUAAAUGAGGUCCUGCAGACGGCGUACAGCGACUCUUUCCUCCUCCCACACCUGAAAGAUCUUACCUCCCAGCAGGUUGUUCUUUUCCUCCAGUACCUGCAGUUCCUCUACCUAAAAUAUUCCCAGGAUGCUUUCCCACAAAUGCACGGAUUGAGAUCACCAAGUCUAACUCAGAUCAUGGAUUGGGUAUGCUUGCUGCUUGACGCCCACUUCACAGUGCUCGUGAUGACUCCAGAGGCCAAAGGCUUACUGCUGAACCUGCACAGAUUUGUUAAGUCUCAGGUGAGACUGGUUUCUGAGCUUGGAAAGAUUGAGGGAAGCCUUCAAGAGCUCAAUAAGAUGAAGACAAAGAAGGAUGUCGGGCAAUACUCUAUUGAAGUCAUUGAGCUGUUUUAGAACGUGUAUACUUUUAAUAAAUCAUUGAAUAUAUUGUGCCAUUUCAGUUUUAAACAUGUAGUGGUUUCAUGGUAAUGUACUUGUCCCAAAUGGAACAGUACGAAUUGCUCUUGGGCACAGAUGUU